ACGUUGUCCGAAACCGUCCAGCAGGCUAACAAAGGCGGCUGUUGGGGAAGCUUGACCGGCAGUUCGUCGAUUCAGGACACCAUCCAUUCUCGACUGGCUGGAAACUCGUCAGCCUCUCGCGUCCGGCCUACAUUCAUCCAUGCAGCGAUCAUCAAUGCUGAUUUCAUGGGUCUCGUGCAAACCCAUGGGUGCCCUAACUGCAACUUUGCCCCCCAAAUCAAAACGGGAGGCAUUGCCUCAUGCAGAGGAUGACUGCCCGCCUGUUUCGCUAAAAUCACGCGGCACAUGCGCUACGCUACGCUACCGUCACAGACAAGAACACCGUCGUUCGUCUACACGCCGAGACCCAGCACACUCUUCGAAUCAUCUCGCCGUCGGAGAAACCAACUCAACACGGCUGAGCUCAGUGCAUCCGUCCUCUAUUCCCCGAGGUAGUCGGCUCGGCUGAGGUCUGCACUGCGAGAGAAACCGCCGUGGCAUGCAUCAUUUUAGAACUUAGAGUGUUGGGACCAAAGUGGCUCCCACACCAACGAGGGCCGAGUUGUAUCUUCAGAGGUGG